GUCCCUUGUUCUGAACGCCUAUCUACCCUGCAGACUUGUUGCCACGAUCUCCUCUGGAACCCAUCUAUCAUACAGCCAGCAACUUCCCUCAUAUCUUCUGCGAGACCAUGGUGCCACUGCUGCUCCUCUUCAACGCGACCCUGCUCUUUGUGGCGAGGCCCCGCUUCCCUGCCCUCCGCCGCUGGCUCGCCACCCCCGCCACUCGUGAACGCCUCGGAUACACGGCCCUCUAUCUGUUUUAUUCCUUCCUCGGAAUCAGGGUCUACCUCAUCCUCGCUCCGCUGGCGGUCCUUCUAGUGGAUGCCGCGUGGUUCGCGCUCACGGGCGACUGCCCCUCCCACUACCAAUCUAUGCAUCCCGAUUGUGUGCAUAGACUCUGGCAGAGGCAGGCAGCGACGCCGCCCGUGCUACUGACGCCACCCAUGCCAUCGACGCUGCACAUGCCGUCGACGGUGAUGCAUGCCUCGCCGACGACGAGGUACCGCGCGCCAUUGAUGCCGUACGCCUCCGUUUACGGUACCGGUGCACUACAUAAGGAUGAGGACGAAGGGCUUAUUCGUCAGAGAUUAGGAGCGCAAAAUGGUACCUCAGGAGGCGCCCUCGCCGAUCUUGACUAGUGCUGCUCUUGUCAAGGUUCACCCAUCGAUGUAAGAAUUAUCAGCAGAAAGACGCACAGCGUACUUGUACAGUAUAGAACUUCUCCUUCAAUUUUUAUCGUCUUGACUGCUUCGAACCGUACGCGUUCUACCACACGCGAGCAGCG